CCUCCCGUCCUCUCUCCCCAGCCACUGCAGAUCCAGGAGCAUCAGCCACGAGAUGAGGCUGCUGUGGUCUCUCCCGACCCUCUGGCUGUUGGUGGCCCAGGAUCUCUCCGCCCACAGGGCCCGGACCCGCCGAGAGCUGGCUCCCGGCUUGCACGAGCGAGGGAUCCGGGACGCCGGCGGCUCGUACUGCGAGAAGAACGACGCCUGUUGCCCCGGGCGGGACGACGCCUGCACCGUGCCCUACCUGGACACCCUCUGCUACUGCGACCUCUUCUGCAACCGCACCGUGUCCGACUGCUGCCCCGACUUCUGGGAGUACUGCCUGGGCAUCCCGCCCCCCCUGCCUGUGCCCAUAAGCUGUGUUCGUGGUGCACACAAGUACCCACCUGGAGCCACCUACAGAGAAAACUGCAACCUCUGCACCUGCAGCGGGAGCGGGCAGUGGGAGUGUGAGCAGCACGCCUGCCUCAUCGACGAGGAGAUGAUCGAUGCCAUCAACAGAGGGAAUUAUGGCUGGAGAGCCGCCAACUACAGCCAUUUCUGGGGAAUGACGCUGGACGAAGGCAUCCGCUACCGGCUGGGGACCAUCAAACCGCCCCCCACGGUCAUGAACAUGAAUGAGCUGCAGAUGAGCGCGGACGCCGACGAGCCGCUCCCCAGCCAUUUCAACGCUGUCGCCAAGUGGCCCGGACUGAUCCUCGAGCCGCUGGACCAGGGCGAUUGCGCCGGCUCCUGGGCUUUCUCUACAGCAGGGGUGGCUUCGGACAGGAUCUCCAUCCACUCCAUGGGGCACAUGACGCCUGCCCUGUCCCCCCAGAACCUCAUCUCCUGCAACACCCGCAACCAGCAGGGCUGCAGCGGGGGCCGGAUCGACCGGGCCUGGUGGUAUCUGCGCAGGAGAGGGGUGGUGACUGACAGCUGCUACCCCUUCACCAGCCGGGAGAAGGACAGCGCCCCCGCAGGCCUGCCCUGCAUGAUGCACAGUCGCUCCACGGGCCGAGGGAAGAGGCAAGCCACCCAGCAGUGCCCCAACCCCCAGACCCACUCCAACGAGAUCUUCCCAGGAGGCAGCGGAGGGAAGGAGAUCAUGAAGGAACUGAUGAAGAACGGACCUGUGCAAGCCAUUAUGGAGGUUCAUGAGGAUUUCUUUGUGUACAAGAGCGGGGUUUAUCGGCACACGCCAGUGACAGCUGGGAAGCCGGAGCACCACCGGAGACAGGGCACCCACUCGGUGAAAAUCACAGGGUGGGGAGAGGAGAGGACGCCCCGUGGGCAGACCCAGAAGUACUGGGUGAGUGCCACACGGAUCCUUCCCGUCCCCGGCCGCGGGCAAUGAAACCAGCCUGGCACCG